AUGCUGGACCCGUCGUCCAGUGAAGAAGAAUCCGAUGAGAUCGUGGAAGAAGAGAGCAGCAAGGAAGUGCUGGCCCCGGCAACCUCGGGAGCUCGGCUCUCUCCUAGCCGGACCAGCGAGAGCUCUGGGGGCGGCGGUGGCGGGAGUAGCGGAGGGCUGCAGCCCAGCAGCCGGAGCGGGAGCAGCGUCCGGCCUUCCAGUCCGAGCCCUUCGGUCGUGAGCGAGAAGGAGAAGGAAGAGCUGGAAAGGCUGCAGAAGGAGGAAGAAGAGAGGAAGAAGAAGCUGCAGCUUUACGUCUUCGUCAUGAGGUGCAUCGCCUACCCCUUCAAUGCCAAGCAGCCCACCGAUAUGGCGCGGAGGCAACAAAAGAUAAGUAAACAGCAAUUGCAGACUGUCAAGGAUCGCUUCCAAGCCUUUCUCAAUGGAGAAACUCAGAUUGUUGCGGACGAAGCCUUUAUGAAUGCUGUCCAGAGUUAUUAUGAGGUAUUUCUGAAAAGUGACCGUGUCGCCAAAAUGGUUCAGAGCGGUGGGUUCUCAGCUAAUGACUCCCGAGAAGUCUUCAAGAAACAUAUCGAAAAGAGGGUCCGCAGCCUACCUGAGAUUGAUGGCCUCAGUAAGGAGACUGUCCUGAGUUCCUGGAUGGCAAAAUUUGAUGCCAUAUAUCGAGGAGAAGAAGAUCCACGCAAAGCUCAAGCCAGAAUGACAGCCAGUGCUGCUUCAGAGCUGAUUCUCAGCAAGGAGCAGCUGUAUGAGAUGUUCCAGAACAUCCUGGGGAUCAAGAAAUUUGAGCAUCAGCUUCUGUACAAUGCAUGUCAGCUGGACAAUCCUGAUGAGCAAGCAGCACAAAUUAGGCGGGAGCUUGACGGUCGUCUCCAAAUGGCAGACCAGAUUGCCAAGGAGCGUAAAUUUCCUAAAUUUGUGUCCAAAGAGAUGGAAAACAUGUUCAUUGAAGAGUUGAAGUCAUCGGUCAAUUUACUUAUGGCAAACCUGGAAAGCAUGCCAGUGUCCAAAGGGGGCUCCGAGUUCAAGUUACAAAAACUAAAACGCAGCCACAACACUUCCAUCAUUGACAUGGGAGAGGAGAACGAAAACCAGCUCUCCAAAUCAGAUGUUGUGCUAUCUUUCUCCCUGGAGGUUGUCAUCAUGGAAGUUCAGGGUCUCAAAUCCUUAGCACCCAACCGGAUUGUAUAUUGCACUAUGGAAGUGGAAGGAGGAGAAAAACUACAGACUGACCAGGCUGAGGCAUCCAAACCAACCUGGGGAACUCAGGGUGACUUUUCCACGACACACGCCCUUCCGGCUGUGAAAGUGAAGCUGUUUACGGAGAGUACCGGUGUCCUGGCUUUGGAAGACAAAGAACUUGGGCGGGUUGUUCUUCAUCCGACACCAAAUAGUCCCAAACAAUCUGAAUGGCACAAAAUGGCUGUUUCUAAAAACUGUCCUGAUCAAGACCUGAAAAUCAAGCUUGCUGUCCGAAUGGAUAAACCUCAGAAUAUGAAACAUUCUGGAUAUUUGUGGGCCAUCGGCAAAAAUGUCUGGAAGAGAUGGAAGAAAAGGUUCUUUGUACUAGUUCAGGUUAGCCAAUAUACAUUUGCCAUGUGCAGCUAUCGAGAGAAAAAAGCUGAACCUCAAGAGCUGUUGCAGCUUGAUGGAUACACGGUAGACUAUACAGACCCACAACCCGGUUUGGAGGGCGGCCGAGCAUUUUUCAAUGCCGUGAAAGAAGGAGACACCGUGAUUUUUGCAAGUGACGAUGAGCAGGAUCGUAUUCUCUGGGUCCAAGCCAUGUACCGCGCUACAGGCCAGUCCCACAAACCUGUGCCACCUACUCAAGUUCAGAAGCUUAAUGCUAAAGGAGGAAAUGUGCCCCAGCUAGAUGCUCCCAUUUCUCAAUUUUAUGCAGAUAGAGCUCAAAAACAUGGCAUGGAUGAAUUUAUCUCUUCCAAUCCCUGUAAUUUUGACCACGCUGCACUUUUUGAGAUGCUUCAGCGCCUCACUUUGGACCACAGACUUAAUGAUUCCUAUUCUUGUCUGGGCUGGUUUAGCCCUGGCCAAGUCUUUGUCCUAGAUGAAUACUGUGCACGUAAUGGAGUCAGAGGCUGUCACAGGCAUCUCUGCUAUCUCGGUGAUUUGCUUGAAAGAGCAGAAAAUGGAGCCAUGAUUGAUCCCACCUUACUGCAUUACAGUUUUGCCUUUUGUGCAUCACAUGUUCACGGCAACAGGCCUGAUGGAAUAGGAACAGUAACAGUAGAAGAAAAAGAGCGGUUUGAAGACAUCAAAGAGCGGCUGCGAUUGUUGUUGGAAAAUCAAAUCACGCAUUUUAGGUAUUGCUUCCCAUUUGGCCGACCAGAAGGAGCUUUAAAAGCCACCUUAUCACUCCUGGAACGGGUGUUGAUGAAAGACAUAGUUACUCCUGUCCCUCAAGAAGAGGUAAAAGCUGUCAUCCGUAAAUGCUUAGAACAAGCUGCAUUGACUAACUAUACCCGGCUAUCAGAAUAUGCAAAAAUCGAAGAGAAUCAAAAGGAUGCAGAAAAUGUAGGUCGGUUAAUCACGCCUGCCAAAAAACUAGAAGAUACAAUUCGCUUGGCGGAAUUGGUGAUUGAAGUUCUGCAGCAAAAUGAAGAACAUCAUGCAGAGGGGAAAGAGGCCUUUGCUUGGUGGUCAGACUUAAUGGUUGAACACGCGGAGACCUUCCUCUCAUUGUUUGCAGUAGACAUGGAUGCUGCCCUGGAAGUCCAGCCCCCCGACACCUGGGACAGCUUUCCACUGUUUCAGCUUCUAAAUGACUCCCUUCGAAGUGACUAUAAUUUGUGCAAUGGAAAAUACCACAAACAUCUCCAAGAUCUCUUUGCUCCACUUGUGGUUAGAUAUGUCGAUCUCAUGGAGUCCUCUAUUGCCCAGUCAAUUCACAGGGGCUUUGAGCGGGAAUCAUGGGAGCCAGUAAAGAGCUUAACAAGUAAUCUGCCCAAUGUGAAUCUACCAAAUGUGAAUCUCCCUAAAGUUCCAAACCUACCAGUUAACAUCCCACUAGGCAUUCCUCAAAUGCCUGCCUUUUCUGCACCGUCAUGGAUGGCUGCUAUCUAUGAUGCUGACAAUGGAUCAGGAACAUCAGAAGAUCUGUUUUGGAAACUAGAUGCCUUACAGACCUUCAUCAGGGAUCUACACUGGCCUGAGGAAGAAUUUGGGAAACACUUAGAACAACGACUAAAACUUAUGGCUAGUGAUAUGAUUGAAUCCUGUGUAAAGAGAACCCGGAUUGCAUUUGAAGUAAAGCUACAGAAAACAAGCCGAUCAACAGAUUUCCGAGUCCCUCAAUCAAUAUGCACCAUGUUUAAUGUUAUGGUUGACGCCAAAGCUCAAUCAACAAAACUUUGCAGUAUGGAAAUGGGCCAAGAGCACCAGUACCAUUCAAAAAUAGAUGAACUAAUUGAAGAAACCGUCAAAGAAAUGAUCACACUCCUUGUAGCAAAGUUUGUCACUAUCCUGGAAGGUGUGCUGGCCAAGCUAUCAAGAUACGAUGAAGGGACCUUGUUUUCUUCUUUCCUCUCAUUUACUGUGAAAGCAGCUUCCAAAUACGUGGAUGUGCCUAAACCAGGGAUGGACGUUGCUGAUGCUUACGUGACCUUCGUUCGCCAUUCUCAGGACAUUCUGCGUGAUAAGGUCAAUGAGGAGAUGUAUAUAGAAAGGUUAUUUGAUCAAUGGUACACCAGCUCCAUGAACAUCGUUUGCACUUGGCUAACAGACCGCAUGGACCUUCAGCUUCACAUCUAUCAACUAAAAACCCUUAUUAGAGUAGUAAAGAAAACCUACAGAGAUUUCCGAUUGCAAGGAGUUCUGGAUUCUACUUUGAAUAGUAAAACCUAUGACACAGUCCGAAACCGGCUGACUGUAGAAGAAGCCACAGCCUCAGUAAGUGAAGGUGGAGGACUCCAAGGGAUCACCAUGAAAGACAGCGAUGAAGAAGAUGAAGAGGAUGAUUAGAUCUCCAGAUUUAGAGUCCCCCCAACCUGGAUGUAGCCUGGAAACCAGUGCAUGUAAUCUAGUCGGUUAUUCAAUUAGCCACAUUAGGAAAUUUUCUGUCUGCUCUAAACGCCCAUGGAAAAUCUACCAAUACAACUCCCAUUUUAGCUGUGUGGUUCUUAAGACUUAGCACCUCUGUUUCGAUUCAUUGAGUUUCCUGAUUUCAUAUCUCUAUGUUUAUAAGCAAUAUGGAGCACCAUUGUUUAAAACAGUUAAUUGAAAAUAAAUCUGCAUAGAAAACAUACUAGGUGUGUCCCUAUAAUAAUUAAAGUAUAAAUGACGCUUCAUUAAUGUACGUAUAUACAUUGAUGGUAAAUUGUUGUGAAGACAAGUGAAACAAGUACUUUCAUAUGUUUGUUUCUCUUCUAUGGAUGCCAACUGCUUCGAAACAGAGUAAGGCUACUACAAGACACCUAUUUUGUACAUUGGGGGGAGGAGGAACAUACACCAGAAGCUGGGAUUAUUCCUGUUUGUUGUACCCGAGCACUUUUCUUCCAAAGUAUACAGCUAACUUUGUAGAAGUGACUGACCAUUGGAAUCUUAGUCAUCCAUCUACAGAAUGGGCUGUUCUUGGGCUGAUCUUGAUCACGUUGUCCACCUUAUGAUUCUGAGCAGUUGCUUUAUGUCAGCGUCUUGCCCCACUCAAUGUUACAUUUUGUUCAGAGUUCCAAUAACUGUGUUUGUAAAAAGGACAACUUUAAUUACAACCUUAGACUAUACAGAUG